AUGGAACCUGAAAAAAAUCAUAAUCCAUUUUCCACUUUAGGUGACGAACAUAACAAAAAUUCUUAUGUUACAAUACAUUUAAAUGAUCAAGAUAAUUGUGCAGUUAAUUUUACUAAUUUGUGUACUCCAAAUAAUAAUGAAAUACCUAUACAACAAAAUGUUAUUAGUAACAAUUCACCAGAAAAAGGAGUAUACAUUCGAAAUAACGGGGCAAGGGAUUAUAUAGAAUCUUUUUCAUGCGGUAUUGCUUUCUGUUCUGCUUUACUUUUCUUCGCCAUAAGGCAUCUUUUUCUAGGUUGCUAUCGUGGUUUGAGGAGAUUAAAAAGAGAAAGAUUCGAUAACAACAAUGGUAAUUCAGAACAAAAGAGUCUUACAUCAAACGUAAAUAAUGAGCAAGAACAAUGA